CAUCGUUACGUGUACCAUCUGAACGUCUUCGUCGAGAUCAACAAUACUUGACUCCUCCUUGUCUUCUUUCUACGUGACAAGAGCCGUGCACGCCUUCCGAAUCGCCGUUUCACUUCGUUUCGUACGUACGCUUUUUGUAUACGCCGCGAGGAAAGGAUCGUGUCGAAUUUCACAAGCAAGCAGAUCGAUUCACCGAACCGCUACUUUUUCUAACGCGUGCGACCUUGUUUUUACUUUAUUUCUUGCGUCGAAUCGUUCCAUCACGCACAAUCUUUCCGGGUCAGAAUGAAAUAAAACUCGAAACAAAUUCCUUGUCACGUGUCUUCGUUCUUCCAUUCGAAACGAAAGACGAAACCUUUUCGAAACUUUCGUACGGAUCAUCCCGACGUGUCUAUCGUUUUCUCGCUAAUAUUUCCACCACCCGUCUCGACCCGAAGAAGAUGACGAUAACGCAGAUGCAACUGGAAUAAACGUAUUCGAGCGAGGAACGUGUAACGGAGGGCAGGAAAUUUGAAAGAAACAUCCUUUGCACGGAAUCGAGAGCAAUUAGCUAUUACUGUUACGUGGAAGAAACGGCUCGCGAUGGUUGGAUUGGAAGGCGCGGCAAAAUUGGGGUUGGGGGAAAGAAAAGGAGGGAAAGAGAGGAUGUAUGAGGAGUGAAAGAGAGUGGGAGAGAAGGAAACAGACGCGAGGGAAGCAUGCGUGCGAUGAUAUCGCGUUGCGUUAGACUGACUGGGCCGAGAACGGCCUUAAAAUUAUUACUGAUAUAUCCUAUACGUCGAAAGGACGAGAAAGAAGCUGUUAAUAUCAAUUGCCCGAUUUUUCUCCGAUUCGUGAGAAAGAGAGAAAGGGAGAGAAUGUACGCCUCGACUCAUGCUCGGGCAACAUUUUUAUUGCACUUACAUUUAGUAACGAGUAGAGAUGCGAAUGAAAGCGAGAAUGAAAGAAAAUUCGAAAAUUCCUGCGCGUGAUUAUACGCGACUGUUGCGUCGCAUAUUUUCAGUAACUUGUUGUGUAUAACGCGUAUGUACGAAUAUUCAAUCGCGAAUUUUGUCUAUAACAAUGAAAUUAUAGAUCGUUGUAUUUUAUUGUAAAAAAAAGAAGAAGAUUGCUAAAUCACAGACUCGACAUUUUUCUAGCGAAAUUACGUGGCUCGCGAACGGCACGUUUUUUAGACACGAUUUGAUUACACCCUGCUCCCUACCGAUUAAUAUGCAUUGUGAACGUCGGUUACGAUGUCAAAUAAAUAAAAAAAAACAAAAGAAAGAUACGUGUCGGAUAGAGGAGUGUAAGCGUAAAAAAAAAAAAAAAAAAAAAAACAAAAAACGAAAAA